AUAUUCAUACAAUUUGUCCUCCAAUCCACUAGGUGGCGUUACAGUUUAUAUUCACAAGAACACAUCCUGUCUUCAACGUCAGCAUAUUUGACCAGCUCUCUGGAAAAGGCUGUCAACUGAGAAGUUGGAAAAACUGCAAAAAUGGGCUUCGUGAAAGUAGUGAAAAGUAAGGCGUACUUCAAGAGAUACCAGGUGAAAUUCAGGAGAAGGCGAGAGGGUAAGACUGACUACUUUGCCCGUAAGCGCCUGGUCAUCCAAGACAAGAACAAGUACAACACACCCAAAUACAGGAUGAUUGUGAGGUUCUCCAACAGAGAUAUCUGUUGCCAGAUUGCCUACGCCAAGAUCGAGGGAGACCAGAUUGUUGCUGCUGCCUAUUCCCAUGAGCUGCUCAAAUAUGGUAUCACCGUGGGACUGACAAAUUACGCUGCAGCCUACUGCACGGGCCUUCUGCUGGCCCGCAGGCUGCUGAACAAGUUCGGCCUGGAUCAGGUGUACGAGGGCCAGGUGGAGGUGACUGGAGACGAGUUCAACGUGGAGAGUAUAGACGGCCAGCCGGGGGCCUUCACGUGUUUCCUAGACGCCGGGCUCGCCAGGACGUCCACAGGAAACAAGGUGUUCGGAGCCCUAAAGGGUGCUGUCGACGGUGGCCUCUCAAUUCCUCACAGCACAAAACGAUUCCCUGGAUACGACGUGGAGAGCAAAGAGUUCAACACAGAGAUGCAUCGCAAACACAUAAUGGGCAUGAACGUGUCGGACUACAUGAGCUACCUGAUGGAGGAGGACGAAGACACCUACAAGAAACAGUUCUCGCGCUUCAUAAAGAACGGAGUCACGCCAGACACAGUAGAGGAGAUGUACAGGAAAGCACACACCGCCAUCAGAGAGAACCCAGUCCACAAAAAGAAACCCAAAAAAGAUGUCAAAAAGAAGAGGUGGAACCGCGCCAAACUUUCGCUGGCACAGAGAAAGGACCGCGUCGCCCAGAAAAAGGCCAGCUUUCUACGAGCACAGGAAGCAGAGGCAGCGGACGGUUAGAGGGACAGGGACCACUGCCCGUUCCAAAGACAACCACUGCACAUUGGCUUAAUAAAUUUAUUACAAAUGA